CCACCGCUCAAAACUGUAGACCAAACCUCUCUCCACUUAACAAACAACUCUACAGGUGUGACGUGUCAGAGGCAAACAGUGUGGCGACUGCGUGCCAAACCACAAAAAAACCCCAAUGAAAAUGAGAAUAAAGUGGUUUUAAGACAGAAGAAAGUCAGAGAGACAGAGACUCAGCGACGACAGAGGCUUUCUGUGCACAUGGAUGAGAUCAUGAAGGGAAAUGUGAAGGCAGCCAUGGAAAUAUUUGAAAAUAUGAGGAAGCGAGAGGAGCUAAAGGGAAUCUUGUCUCAGGUGCGAGAGAUAGAAGGAGAACCCAGCAAUGUAGAUGUUAGCUUAUUAAACACAUUUUGUCACAAUGCCCCUGCCUGGAUGGUCUCAUCAAGUGAGAAUUCAAAGAAAAGCAAAGUCGAGAGACAGGAUGAUGAUCUAGAAAGUGUUUCUUCUGUUGAAACUGCAUUUGAAGAUUUGGAAAAGGCAAGCAAGGAAAUAAUAAAGCUGAAGGAACAAACUUUAGCAAAGCUCCUUGACAUUGAGGAGGCCAUUAAAAAGGCGUUGUACUCUGUCUCCAACCUGAAAUCUGAGGCAGACAUUGCAGGGUUGUCGGGACUUUUUGACGAAUCCUUAAAAUCAGAGCCACAUGCUCAACCUGCCAACAAUAUCAGGAAAAUCAGCAUUGUGUCGAGCAAGGCCAAAUCAGGUGAAGGCAAAGACACAAGAAAUCACCCCAGUGACCCAAGUCCUCUCAAGCAAGAAGCAGCCAGGCAAGCAAACAAAGUCAUUAGACAGUCAUCUUCCCAGUCGUCACCAUCAUAUAUAUCCAUUCAUUCAGCUGCCAGAAAGCCUGUUGAACAAUCAAAGCCCACCAUGUCGACAUCCAAACCAGCACCAGAGAGGAAUGGUCAAGGGGCUCCAACCCAAGACACUGUUCACAGCUCAGCAAAGCGCAAGGUCAGCGUGCUUGAGGUGCAAACAGUUCCAGAGGAACCUGCAGGAAUAAUUGGGACAAAGACUGUCAGUGAAACGUACAAAGAGACGGAUGGCUUUGGCAAUAUUUUUCUUUCUUCUGUGACAUCAACGUUUGUCACUGAACAGUCUGAUGGCAAAUCAGCUGCUGCGUUUGAGGUGGUCGGGGGGCCAAACACAUACAAAGUCAUGACAUCCCCGUUACUGCAAAGAUCUAGCCGCCCUUCUGAGGACAAGAAGCUGACUAGCACUAAUGAGAAAGGGAAAGUGUUUGUAUCAUUUAGCCAACCGAAGGAAAAACAGUGAACAAACCAAAUCUCUUUAAGGAAUUCCAUUUGUGUUAUCAGGUUUUGUUAAUCAUUUUAAAAAAUCCCAUGUAAUGAUCAAGAUGUUGAUGUUUUUAUUGAAGUAACUUUUGUCUUAGAGAUUUUCUACUGUAACCACAUAAUAUAAAAUGUUUAAUUAUUUUAAAUUAAGCAA